CGACGACGACGAUCACGACGACGACCUGUGCUAAUAUCGAGUCACCACUCGGUUUGCGAUGUCCAAGCGGAGGAUCGAGGUCGUCGAUCCGUACGUCAAACGGAAAACUACAACGGUGAAUAAUGUAGCGACCACAGCUGGACCCACUAUGACACAGAAGAAUCAAGUGCAGUUAAAUCCAUACACUGGAUUACCGUACACAGCUCGUUACCAUGAGUUUUACAAGAAGAGAAUUACGCUGCCUGUGUUUGAGUACAGAGCCGACUUUAUGCGUCUCUUGGCUCAACAUCAGUGCAUCGUCCUCGUGGGCGAAACAGGCUCUGGAAAAACAACGCAGAUACCACAAUGGUGCGUCGAGUAUUCGAGAAGUAUCGGUACAAAGGCAGUAGCUUGCACACAGCCGAGGAGAGUGGCAGCCAUGUCCGUUGCUCAGAGGGUGUCGGAAGAAAUGGACGUUGCGUUAGGUCAGGAAGUUGGUUACAGCAUUCGGUUCGAGGACUGCAGCUCUGCAAAAACGAUUCUCAAAUACAUGACUGACGGUAUGCUACUUCGCGAGGGUAUGUCAGAUCCUAUGCUGGAGGCGUACCAAGUUAUACUGUUGGACGAGGCCCAUGAGCGCACCCUCGCCACGGACCUGCUCAUGGGUGUCCUGAAGGAGGUUAUAAAGCAGCGCUCCGAUCUCAAACUCGUCAUUAUGAGCGCCACCCUGGACGCCGGCAAAUUUCAGCAGUACUUCGACAACGCGCCCCUCAUGAACGUACCUGGUCGCACCCACCCCGUAGAGAUAUUUUACACGCCCGAGCCCGAGAGGGACUACUUGGAGGCAGCCAUACGUACCGUUAUCCAGAUUCACAUGUGCGAGGAGGUGCCCGGCGACCUGCUCCUCUUCCUCACCGGCCAGGAGGAGAUCGAGGAGGCCUGCAAGCGGAUAAAGCGCGAGAUGGACAGCCUCGGGCCCGACGUAGGCGAGCUCAAGUGCAUACCCCUCUACUCGACCCUGCCGCCGAACCUCCAGCAGCGCAUUUUCGAGCUCGCGCCCCCCACCAAGCCUAACGGCGGUAUCGGCCGCAAGGUCGUCGUGUCCACGAAUAUCGCCGAGACGUCCCUGACGAUCGAUGGCGUUGUCUUCGUAAUCGAUCCCGGCUUCGCCAAGCAGAAGGUCUACAAUCCGAGGAUACGCGUCGAGUCACUCCUCGUGUCGCCCAUCAGCAAGGCCUCAGCGCAACAGCGGGCUGGCAGAGCCGGCAGAACAAGACCUGGAAAGUGCUUCCGACUCUACACCGAGAAGGCCUAUAAGAAUGAAAUGCAAGAGAACACUUAUCCCGAGAUCUUAAGAUCGAAUCUGGGCAGCGUCGUACUGCAACUCAAGAAGCUGGGAAUCGACGACCUGGUGCAUUUUGACUUCAUGGAUCCACCUGCUCCAGAAACCCUUAUGCGAGCGUUGGAACUUUUAAAUUAUCUUGCCGCUUUAGAUGACGAUGGAAAUUUGACAGAUUUGGGUGCCGUAAUGGCUGAAUUUCCAUUAGAUCCUCAACUUGCCAAAAUGUUGAUUGCCUCCUGCAAUCAUAACUGCAGCAACGAAAUUCUCAGCAUUACAGCAAUGUUGUCAGUCCCACAGUGUUUUGUAAGACCUAAUGAAGCAAAGAAAGCUGCGGACGAAGCAAAAAUGCGUUUUGCACAUAUCGAUGGAGAUCAUCUUACGCUGUUAAAUGUAUAUCACGCUUUUAAGCAAAACCAAGAAGAUCCACAAUGGUGUUACGAUAAUUUCGUGAAUUAUAGGUCAUUGAAAAAUGGUGAUAAUGUAAGACAACAAUUAAGUAGAAUUAUGGAUCGAUUUCAGUUGAAACGGACGUCAACAGAUUUUACUUCUAAAGAUUAUUAUAUAAACAUUAGGAAAGCACUUGUAAAUGGUUUCUUUAUGCAGGUUGCUCAUCUUGAAAGAACCGGUCAAUACUUAACAAUUAAAGAUAAUCAAAUUGUUCAACUACAUCCUAGCACUUGCCUUGAUCACAAACCUGAUUGGGUAAUUUAUAAUGAAUUUGUGUUAACUACAAAAAACUACAUUAGGACAGUGACAGAUAUUAAACCCGAUUGGUUAUUGAGAAUUGCUCCUCAAUAUUAUGAUCUGCAAAAUUUUCCACAAUGUGAAGCAAAACGGCAACUGGAAGUCAUUCAAGCUAGAUUAGAUUCAAAACAAUUUCAAGAAGGUUUUUAAAAAAUGGUUAAUUUUAGAUUACAGAGUAGAUGUAAUGAGAUCUAUCAGCAAUUUGUCGAGUAACAAACAAAAUUAUUAUUUGUUCGGGGCAAUUAUUGCUUUACGAUAAGAAAUAUUAAAACAAACUAACAUCAAAGAAAACUGUAAAACGAAUGGCAAAUGUUAUUUACAUACUAUUUUAGUAUUUCUGUGACUAAAUGUUACGUUUGCCAAAAGGUUAACAUCUAUAUCUAUGAAAAAAGUAAACGAUAUUAGGCUAAUUUUUCUAAUAUGUAAAG